AAAGGGUUGGACCGUUUGGUUUUGAGAAGUGUGAAGCUCUCAGUCGCUCACUGCUAGUAAAACAACAACAAAGCCUUCUUACUUUUUUCCUUCAAAAAUACUACUCUUUUAAUCCCAUAAUUUCUGAUAGCUGCACUUUGUAGCUGUUGUCAGAUCUCGUCUCCAAACUCAUCCAGAACCACACCGUUUCAAGAAAGGAAAUCGACCACUCCCAAUUCUUCAAGCCAACCAAAGCGAACUAUGUCCACUGAAAUGAUGGCUAAAGACGACCAAUUCAUUAUCAUCCCUAAGCGUGCGUGGAAAGUGCCCACGUGGAAGCCUGAGCCUUCUCCAACGGUUCGAAAGGAGAAGGAGCCAAGCUUUGUGGACAUUAUGAACGAACAACUUCAAGAGAGAGUUGAGGAGGAAGAGUUUGAAAACUACGUUCGCCAGGAGUACGUCACGAUGUCAAACGACUUUGUGAACCUGAAAUCGGAUCAAGAAUAUUCUAUCAUGCUCAAAAGUUGUCUUGACCAAGAACUCAAUCUCCACGUGCUGGAGUUGGACGACGAAGAGGAAGACGACUCUGAGGAGGAAGUGGACUAUCAAGACGACUCAGCGCUUAUAGAAUCUACGUAUUUUAGUAAAAUCAAUGAACAUUUUACCAAACAUUCGCACUCUUCAACAAAAUGCCAAGAAACCAAGCAGAAGCAACGUGUUCGUGGCAGAACAAAGUCUCAAUCCCAAUCUGAUAUUGACUCUGACACAAGAAUAACCCUCUACAAAUUUAUGAAAAAAUCCGUUCUAAACGGAACACAUUACGGCAUUGUCAACAAGGGAAAAAAGUCGCUUAUCCUCCAUGCAAAUGGGGGAAUAAAAAAGUCAGAGAAGGGAGAAUCUGUCCAUCUCCCGAAAGAGUGCGCCAUCAAAGUGUUCAAACCUUUACCCAUUUCCCAUGCGGAUGACGAGUCGCGACCCGCAAGUGCGGCCGUCUGGGCGCACCGAGAAUUUCAGAACUUGAAGCGCUUAGAGCGGGCGGGUAUUCCCUCGCCAAAGGCAGCUUUCGUCAAGAAGGCUGUCCUCGUGAUGGAAUUUCUCGGCAAGGACGGAAAGUCGGCCUGGAAACUUCGAGACUAUCCCUUCACCAAUGAGGCUACAAUCAAGCUGGCCUAUGAACAAGUGAUACGCAACAUGAAAAUAAUGUACAAAUCUUGCCAUCUCAUACACUCGGACCUGACCGAAAAAAGCAUCCUCUUCUACAAUAAUCAAUGCUACUUCACGGACCUUGCUCACGCUCUGGAAGCCACUGAGCGGUCCGGAAACGCAGAUAGGUAUGCUGAUGCAUUCCUAUACCGGAACUGCCGAAACAUUGUGGACUUCUUUCAAAAGAGAGGCUUGCAAGGGAUCUUCACCCAGGACGCGCUCUUCAAAGAGGUCACAGGGUUUGAGUACCCUGGAGUCGCAAUGGAUGCCGAAGGAGCAAUGCAGAAGUAAUGACAAUUUUGCAUUCGUCCCCCUGCAAGAACAGCGAACCUGGCCGAGUUGAGAGAAAAUAAUAAUGCUAGUAAUAAACCGUUGACGACCGACAACACACACCAUUAAAUAUAAGUUAUUAUUGCUAUAAAAUAGUAUAGAAUAGAUAAAAUUAAGUAAUGCCGACUACACCUUAUAUAUGUAACCACAUAUAGUGUAUCCCAUUGUAUUAUUUUAUUGUGAGACUUUGGAACUGUCCAGCAAUCUGACCAUACACACAAUCCACACCAAAUGCAAUAUCAAAAAUGAAAAUGUAAUCAUGUAUGUACAACUGAAUGUUUCUUCAAAUCGUAGAGUGAAAGUUGUCCAUUUUUAUCGCAAAUCCUCCUCCAUUGUUUGAAUUUGUUAUGUUUGUCGUUCUAACUUAUAAGUGCAUAGCCGGUUAAAGAAAGCUUAGUUAGAAUAAUUUACUCUAAGCUUGUAGGAUAAACAGUCGCAAUCGCAAAACUAAUAAGUACAUUGACCAUUAUCAUCGUCACACAUUGUCGAGAAUUAAUAUUCCAUUCAACAACCAGUGUAAAUUAUGUGUAAUAAUAAACCACAUAUACUGCCAACUUGAAAUUGAUACAAUAAUAAAAACAAAUGUUGAAUUGGCAAA